AUGAUAUCAAAAGCAAUUUGUGUUGGUAUAGUUGGUAUGCUUUAUGGAGCAUCAAUGGCAUUAGCUCAGACUAAUUUAGAUAAUUCCCAAAGUGUUUUAAUUUAUAAUAAUUGGGUUAGAAAUAUUGGGUCAACAUUUGGUCUUCAACAAUCUCAAUCAGUUCCAACAGAUUUUGUAACAAAUAUUAAUACAAUUCAAAGUGGAAAUUUAGCAAGAACACCUGGUAGUUAUAAACUUGGAUAUAACUCUUAUUCAGCUACAAAUGCACAGGCAUUCCAGAAUGGACAUAUUGCUGGAUCAAAUAUUGGUUUAUAUCCAAUGAAUGGUACAAACCUAUGGAAUACUAAAGGUAAUGGUAUUGCAGGUGGUACAUUGGCUGGUAUUAUAGUUGGGUCAGUUUUGGGUGGUUUAUUAGUGCUCGUUGGUAUGAUAUCCGCAUUCAUUUCAUGGAGAAGACAUAUGGAAUUGAAGAAAUCUACCUUAUAUGCAGAUUAUAGAAGCAAUUACAAGGCUGAACCAAUUCCUGAUAUUAAAGAUCACGUUCCAUCUGAAUACUAUCGUGAAUCACAUCGUAUUGGUCUUAAUCAAGGUUACAAUGUUGAUUCAGUUACUUCAACACGUUAUAGAGAGAAUAAUAAUCUCAGUUAUGUUAAUAGAGAAAAUCAUGAAGUUACCAUACCACGUACUGCUUCAGAUAUUAAUAAUAAUAAUGCAACUCAUAUCACAAAUGCCCAUAAUCAUUAA